AUGUUAUCCCAAGCAAUUGCCAACUACACCUCACACCGGAGCACCUCCGACCCCCUUCCUUCAGGCCCCGCCCCUUUUACCUCCUCCGAAUCUUUUAAACUCUGUCGACCAGGCACAAAGCCCAAAGCCAAAUCUUGGGACCAUCACCUCAGCACCGAAUGCCGCAACCGUCUACCCUCAAAUCUGAAAGCAUCGGCAAGCAGUGUAAAGCCUGGUCUUGAUGGCGCCCCUAUCAUCCCGCAACGGCAAAUCAGUCUAGGCGCCGGACGACCCAUUCCCGAGUACUUUCCCUGGGACUCGCUGGAGCUUUCUGGCAAGCAGUCGCGAGGGGCUGCUGUUGAUGAGGCGGUGGUUAUGCCGUGUACGAGGGGAGAACAAGACUUUGACUUUGCGGUCGCGUUAAAUUAUGGGUAUGCUGCUGGAUCACCGCAGCUGUUGAGAUUCAUCACUGAACAUAUUGAGAUGAUACAUGAUCCGCCGUAUGAUGACUGGGAGACUUGUUUGACGAGUGGAACCACUUCGGCUAUGGACACUGUGUUCCGCAUGUUUUGCGAUCGAGGAGACUGGAUCAUUACUGAGGAGUACUCUUAUCCUGGAGCCAUUGAGGCUGUCACGCCGCUGGGCAUCAACAUCUUGGGUAUCAAGAUGGAUGGGCAGGGUCUCAUACCGGAAGAUUUGGAGGCUAAGCUGCGCUCUUGGGAUCCGGCUAGAGGACGCAAGCCAUCUGUGAUGUACAUUGUCCCCUGCGGUCAGAAUCCCACCGGUGCUACUCAAUCGGCAGAGAGGCGGAGGAAGAUCUACCAGGUUGCCGAGGAGCACGACCUAUACAUCAUCGAGGACGACCCAUACUACUUCCUGAAGCUGCACUCUAGGUCAGAGUCUGGAGAAGACAAGCAAAUGCCGGUCGACGAGUAUCUUCGACAGCUGCCUCCAUCGUAUCUAUCCAUGGACGUCUCUGGUCGCGUUGUCCGACUAGAUGCCACAUCGAAGAUUCUCGCACCUGGACUCAGAUGUGCAUGGAUGACAUGCUGCUCUCAGAUUGCCGAAAAGUACAUGAACUACACCGAAGUGGGCAGUGUUGCUCCCUCUGGAUUCUCUCAAGUUGCCAUGUACAAGCUUCUGGAUGUCACCUGGGGUCAUGAGGGCUUCAUCCGUUGGCUAGCAUUCUUGUCUCAUCAAUACCGUCAACGACGAGAUGCUUUGGCUGGUAUGUUCCUCUGGCUUCAUCUGCAAUCACCCACUCCACGUAUCUCGUGCUCGUCUGGCUCGGACUGUUCGAUUGAGAAGGAGAAGACUGCUCUGCUGGAUCUUGAGGAGAGGAUCUACAAUCGCUCCAUGGAAAAUGGAGUUGUGAUUAGCAAGGGAAGUUGGUUUGCGGCUGAGCCCGACCAGCUCAAGGGUAUCAAGCUUCGUCUGACAUUCGCUACUGCGCCUUUGGACAGUUUCGACUGGGCGGUCAAGCAAUUUGCAGAUGCAGUAAGAAGCGAACUGUGA